AUGGCAGACGAUUCAGAUUACAAGCUCAAGUGCGAUGCCUCUCUCUCUGAGGAAAUAGAGAAUGUCAUUACUUCACCUUUCUCUCCCGAGGAAGAGAAAGCCCUCGUGCGCAAGGUGGACUUGACUUUACUUCCAACAAUAUGGAUCAUGUACCUGCUCUCCUACAUGGAUCGAACCAAUAUCGGCAACGCAAAAAUCUCAGGUAUGCAGGCGGAUCUUGAUUUGACAUCGGGCCAAUAUUCAAUUGCCCUGGUUGUCUUCUUCAUCGGAUAUGUCGUCUUUGAAGUUCCCAGCAAUUUAGUACUAAGCCACACGCGCCCUUCGCUGUUUUUAACUGGAAUUAUGGUUAUAUGGGGAGCACUUACCUGUGUGAUGGGCGUGAUAAAGGACUACAAGCAUCUUGUAGUGUUGCGUGCAUUGAUUGGCUGCGUGGAAGCAGGCUUCGCACCUGGUGUUCUCCUUGUCCUCUCGUCUUGGUACAAACGAACUGAGCAAUCGAAGCGAUUCGGUGUCUACAUAUCUGCUGCAAUCCUUUCUGGGGCGUUUGGUUCUUUGCUAGCAGCGGGUAUUAUUCAAGGCCUAGAAGGAGUGCAUGGAAUAAGGGGUUGGAGAUGGCUCUUCAUUGUUGAAGGAUCUGCAACUGUGGGGGUCGCGAUCAUCUGUGCCUUCAUCUUGCCCGACUUCCCGGCCACCUCUAAGCGCUUAUCAGAGAGAGAGCGAUAUGUGGCUAUCACACGGCUGGCGACAGACAAUGUCACUUCUUUGACCGAAGACAGCCCGGAGUUGUCACAUUGGCACGCUGUUGUCGAGUCGGCUAAGGAUUGGCGAACCUGGGGCUUUGUGAUCGGCACACUUUCAUACUUCUACCCUACACUCGUGGAGGGCCUUUUCGGAGAUUCAUCCACUGAAAGGGUAAAUUUCCUGACAGUACCGAUCUACGCAGUCGCAUUUGUCUGCACCGCGAUCACCGCAUACUUCAGCGACAGAAUCCCCCAAUGGCGAGGCCUUGUCAUUGCUGGCUGGCUGAGUGCGUCGCUAGCUUGUUCCAUUGCAGUCUGUGUUGUAUAUAACUAUACUGCACGCUAUGUCCUUCUCGUUCUUAUGGCUGCUGGAUUGUGGGCAACCAACGGAGGCACACUUGCCUAUGCGUCAUCUGCAUUUGCGAACAUGCACCCGCAAGUACGAGGUGUCAGCCUUGCGCUGGUAAAUGCUUUGGGGAAUCUAGCCCAGAUCUACGGCUCGUACUUGUUCCCUUCCUCCGACGGCCCGAAGUAUAUCAUGGGAUUCUCGGUGAUUUCUGCGAUGCUUGCUCUCGGAGUAGUUGUCUUUCUUGUGAUACACGUCUGGUUUCGUCGGCGCGCGGCUGCAUUUGGUCAGGCGUGA